UCUGUGUGUAGUGGCGGCCCGGGCUGCCCGUAGCUGCGGAGCCUGACGAAGGUGGUGCGGCCGCUGGGCGCGGUAUUCGGGGUCGCACGGCCAGUUGCAGCUACUACGAGGACGACGACUCUGACGUUCUGGGGCCCAGAUUGCGGAGUCGUCGCUUCUCUCUCUUUUUCGGCCUCCGGCAGCGUCGGCCCACGGCUUCCUCCUUUCCUGCCGACCUCCCCGCGGGCCUCGGAGCUGCUGCGGCGAGAAGCACCCAGGGGCGUGAGAGGCCCCGACCCACCGGGGCUCCAUGUGAGGGAGGAACGGGCCUGCCCCCGGCCCGCGCUCUACUCCUUGCGCGCCCCUCCGGCCCCCGGGGGCCCCGUGGGCUCCCCUGACCGGGGGCCGCGGUGACAGGCCGCGCGGGGGCGGAGGGGCUUGCUCGGCGGCGGCCGCCCCUCCUCCGGCCUGCGGCUCCCUAGGUCCCUCCGGAGCGCUGGCAAUAAAGAAUACUGAUGGGAGAGCCAUUUUCCUAACUUACAAAUUAUCGAGCUGGUUGCCAUGAUGGAUGAUCAGCAAGCUUUGAACUCGAUCAUGCAAGAUUUGGCUGUCCUUCAUAAGGCCAGUCGACCAGCAUUAUCCUUACAGGAAACCAGAAAAGCAAAAUCUUCAUCACCAAAAAAGCAGAAUGAUGUCCGAGUAAAAUUUGAACAUAGAGGAGAAAAAAGAAUCCUUCAGUUUUCCAGACCAGUUAAACUGGAAGAUCUGAGGUCUAAAGCCAAAAUUGCCUUUGGACAGUCUAUGGAUCUACAUUAUACUAAUAAUGAGUUGGUAAUUCCAUUAACCACACAAGAUGACCUGGACAAAGCUGUAGAACUGCUGGAUCGUAGUAUUCAUAUGAAGAGCCUCAAGAUAUUACUUGUAAUAAAUGGAAGUACACAGGCUACUAAUUUAGAACCAUUGCCAUCACUAGAAGAUUUGGAUAACACAGUAUUUGGAGCAGAGAGGAAAAAGCGGCUUUCCAUAAUAGGUCCCACUAAUAGAGAUAGAAGUUCUCCUCCCCCAGGAUACAUUCCAGAUGAAUUACACCAGGUUGCCCGGAAUGGGUCUUUUACUAGUAUCAACAGUGAAGGAGAAUUCAUUCCAGAGAGCAUGGACCAAAUGCUGGAUCCAUUAUCUUUAAGCAGCCCUGAAAAUUCUGGCUCAGGAAGUUGUCCAUCACUUGAUAGUCCUUUGGAUGGAGAAAGCUAUCCAAAAUCACGAAUGCCCAGGGCACAGAGCUACCCAGAUAAUCAUCAGGAGUUUUCAGACUAUGAUAACCCUAUCUUUGAGAAAUAUGGAAAAGGAGGAACAUAUCCAAGAAGGUACCAUGUUUCAUAUCAUCAUCAAGAGUAUAAUGAUGGUCGUAAAACUUUUCCAAGAGCCAGAAGGACCCAGGGGACCAGCUUCAGAUCUCCUGUGAGUUUCAGUCCUACCGAUCACUCCUUAAGCACUAGUAGUGGAAGCAGCAUCUUUACCCCAGAGUAUGAUGAUAGUCGAAUAAGAAGAAGGGGAAGUGACAUAGACAAUCCUACUUUGACUGUAAUGGACAUCAGCCCUCCCAGCCGUUCACCUCGAGCACCUACCAACUGGAGAUUGGGGAAACUUCUUGGCCAAGGAGCCUUUGGCAGGGUCUACCUCUGUUAUGAUGUUGAUACAGGAAGAGAAUUGGCUGUUAAGCAAGUUCAGUUUGACCCUGAUAGCCCUGAGACCAGCAAGGAAGUGAAUGCACUUGAAUGUGAAAUUCAAUUGUUGAAAAACUUGCUGCAUGAGCGAAUUGUUCAGUAUUAUGGCUGUUUGAGGGAUCCCCAGGAAAAAACACUUUCCAUAUUUAUGGAAUAUAUGCCAGGGGGUUCAAUUAAGGACCAAUUAAAAGCAUAUGGAGCUCUUACUGAGAAUGUGACUAGGAAAUACACCCGUCAAAUUCUGGAGGGUGUCCAUUAUUUGCACAGUAAUAUGAUUGUCCACAGAGAUAUCAAAGGCGCAAAUAUCCUGCGAGAUUCAACAGGCAACGUCAAACUAGGUGAUUUUGGGGCCAGCAAACGGCUUCAGACCAUCUGUCUCUCUGGAACAGGAAUGAAGUCUGUCACAGGUACACCAUACUGGAUGAGCCCUGAAGUCAUCAGUGGAGAAGGCUAUGGCAGAAAAGCAGAUAUCUGGAGUGUAGCAUGUACUGUGGUAGAAAUGCUAACUGAAAAACCUCCUUGGGCUGAAUUUGAAGCAAUGGCUGCCAUCUUUAAAAUUGCUACUCAGCCAACAAAUCCAAAGCUGCCACCUCAUGUCUCAGACUAUACCCGAGACUUCCUCAAACGGAUUUUUGUAGAGGCCAAACUGAGACUCGCUGAUGAACUCUUAAGGCACAUGUUUGUGCACUAUCAUUAGCAGCUGAUAACCUCUCCUGUUGCCUCACCCAGCUCCCAUCUGAUAGUUUCACCUUCUCUCUGACUGCACUUUUCUUUUUUAUAAAAAAGAGAGAUGGGGGAGAAAAAAGACAAGAGGGAAAGUAUUUCUCUGAUUCUUGGUUAAAUUUGUUUAAUAAUAAUAGUAACCUAAAUUUUUUAUAUGUAGUUUUUUUCCCCUUACAAGAACUUGAAAUGACUUCUUCUUCUUUUUUUUUUUUUUUUUUUUUUUUUUUUUUUAAAUAAUGUACUGAUGUGGUUCAGAGAGAUAAAGCACUUUAGUACAUAGUAACUCUUUUUAGUACAAACAAAUCAUUUGGAAUACCGAAAGAUUGUAGAGUCUUUCCCUGUAUCACUGACAUAUUGAUGGUGUUGGGGAGACAUGAAAGACAAGGAGAUAAUGAUGUACAAUUUGUAGUUUUUAGUGAUAGUAUUUAAAGUAGUUCCACAUUUGUGGGGUAGAGCCCUGAACUUGAGUUUAGGGUAGGUACUCAACUUAAAGAAUAUAGAUUCUUUUUUAUAUCUGUAUUCUUUAGAUCAUAACCUCCGUCUACCAAGCUUUUUGCUCAGUAGGAAUCUUGAUAGAAGAUAUGAAUAUCUAAGAGGUAUGUUUAUUUGUAAUCUUACAGUAUAGUAAGCAAUACACUAUAAUAGAUCCAUGUUACUGGAAACUGUAAACCUUGAGGGAUAGUGUUCUGCUUUAAAAAAAAAAAAAAAAAAAAAAAGGUACUGUUUUAUUUUAAA